AUAUCAGUUUCGUACUAAUUUUGCUUCAAAGUUUGACUCUGGAGACACAGCACUCACUCCAUCCAUCAUCAUACCAUGUUUUCCUCUUCCUUAACCUACGAUGUGUUCCUCAGCUUCAGAGGGGAAGACGCACUCCACGGUUUCACCGGCAAUCUCUACAAAGCUCUCUGUGACAGGGGAAUUCACACCUUCAUCGAUGAUGAUGACCUUGAGAGUGGAGAGGAAAUCUCACCAGCACUUCUGAAAGUAAUUGAAGAGUCUAGGAUUGCCAUCGUUGUGCUCUCUCAAAACUAUGCUUCUUCCUGUUUCUGCUUGGAUGAACUUGCAGUCAUCCUUAACUGCAAGAAUAAAGGGCUACAUGUUAUACCGGUAUUUUAUAAGGUGGAUCCUUCAGACGUGAGACACCAGAAAGGGAGUUAUGGAGAAGCAUUGACUAAGCAUCAGAUAAGAUUCAAAGAUAUGGAGAAGGUGCAGAAAUGGAAGAUGGCUCUGCGUCAAGUAGCUAACUUGUCUGGCUAUCAUUUCGAAGACGGAGUUGGAUAUGAAUACAAGUUUAUUAAGAGAAUUGCUGAGGAUGUCAAGCACAAGAUUAUUCGUGAUUCUUUUACACAUGUUUCGGAUUACCCAAUUGGACUAGACUCACAAGUGCUAGAAGUAAGGAAAGUUUUGGAGUUUGGAACUGAGGAUGGUGUUCACAUGAUAGGAAUCCACGGGAUGGGUGGGAUAGGAAAAUCAACACUUGCUCGAGCUGUCUACAAUGAUUUAAUUGGUGAGAAUUUUGAUGGAUUGUGUUUUCUUGAAAACGUGAGAGAAAACACAAACAAACAUGGGUUAAAACACCUGCAAAGCAUCCUUCUAUCACAGAUAUUAGGAGAUAAGGACAUCUACUUCACAAGUAUGCAACAAGGAAUUUCUACGAUAAAGUGUAGGUUGAAGAUGAAGAAGGUUCUCUUGAUUCUGGAUGAUGUUGACAAGCCCGAGCAAUUAGAAGCAGUUGCUGGAGGAUGUGACUGGUUUGGUCCUGGCAGCAGAAUCAUCAUCACAACUCGGAACAAACAAUUGUUGGAAAACCAUAGAGUUACUAUGACAUAUGAGGUGAAGGAAUUGAAUAAUAAUGAUGCUCUUCAGCUGCUUAAAUGGAAAGCUUUCAGGAAUGUAAAGGUUGAUCCAGAGUAUGAGUUAGUCUUGAAUAGUCUUUUAACUUAUGCUUCUGGCCUUCCACUGGCUUUAGAAGUAAUAGGAGGCAGCUUGGUCGGAAAAAGUAUAGAAGGAUGGAAGACCACUGUCAAACAAUAUGAAAUGAUUCCCAAAAUGGAAAUCCUAAGUAUACUUAAAGUAAACUUUGAUGCUUUGGAGGAAGAAGAGAAGAGUGUUUUUCUUGAUAUUUCUCGUUUCUUAAAUGUAUAUGCGCCGACAGAGGUUGAAGAUAUACUUAAUGCUUGUUAUGGUCGUAGCAUGAAACAUCACAUUGGAAUGCUGGUUGAAAAAUCUCUGUUGAAGUAUGAUUAUUUUGAUAAUAGACUUACAAUGCAUGACUUGGUAAGGGACAUGUGUAUAAGCAUUGCCUGGGAGGAAUUACGGAAAGAGCCGGGGAAGAACAGUGGAUUAUGGUUACAUAAAGAUGUGAUUCAUGUUUCGAAUAACACUAGAAUAAAAGGAUUGAAUGCAAGCAGCUUCAAGAGGAUGAAAACCCUCCAAAAACUUCAUAAAAAAUUUCAGUUUUUCAAUCAUUUUCUUCGAAGUUCGAGAGCAUUGAUAUGGUUCAGAUUUUCUUCAAAUUGUUUACCAUCUGCGUUGGAUAACUUAUUGAAGAAGUUCGAGAAUCUAACCGUCAUGAGUUUUGACGACUGCAAAAUUUUGACGCACAUUCCUGAUGUAUCUGAUCUCCCAAAUUUGAAGGAACUUUCAUUUAAAGAGUGUGAGAAUUUAAUUACAGUUCACGACUCAGUUGGUUUUCUGACUAAACUUAAAAUAUUGAGGGUUGUUGGUUGCAGCAAGCUUAUUAGUUUUCCACCUCUCAACUUAAACUCUCUCGAAAGACUAGAACUUUCAAAUUGUUCCAGUCUUGAGAACUUUCAGAGAUUUACCACAGAAGAAUGGGAAUCUGCUUUAAAUCAAUAUGAUUCUGUUGGACUGGAGUCACGUUCAGAUGCAUUCAGCUACGAUGUGUUCCUCAGCUUCAGAGGCUUAGACACACGCUAUGGUUUUACGGGCUAUCUCUACAAAGCUCUUCAUGACAGUGGAAUCCACACUUUCAUUGCUGAUGAAAACCUUCAGAGAGGAGAGGAAAUUACACCAACAACUGUGAAAGCAAUUAAAGAGUCCAGGAUUGCUAUCACUGUGCUUUCUGUAAACUAUGCUUCUUCCACCUGUUGCUUUGAUGAACUUGCAACCAUUCUUGACUGCCUUAAGAGAAAAAGACUUCUGGUUUUACCAGUCUUUUAUUAUGUGGAUCCUACACUGGUGCAAUUGCAGAAAGACAGUUUUAGAGAAGCCUUGACUAAACAUGAGAAGAGGCUCAAGCAUGACAUGGAAAAGUUGUUGAAAUGGAAGAUGCUUCUUCAUCAAGUAGCUAAGUUGUUUUUCUUUCAUAUCGACCAUGGGAAUGGAUAUGAAUAUGAGUUUAUUGGGAAGAUUGUGGAGUGGGUCUCCAAGAAGAUUAAUCCUGGUCAUUACCCAGUUGGAAUAGAGUCAAAAGUGCAAGAAGUAAUGAAACUUUUGGAUGUUGGAUGUGAUGGUGGUGUCCACAUGAUAGGGAUUCAUGGAAUUGGCGGGGUUGGAAAAUCAACUCUUGCCAAAGAAGUUUAUAAUGAUUUGAUUUCGUACAAGUUUGAUGCUUCAUGUUUUAUUGAAAACGUGAGAGAAAAAUCAAACAAGCAUGGGUUACAAUAUCUUCAAAGCAUCAUUCUUCUGAAUUUACUUGGAGAGAAGGACAUGAAGUUAACAAGUGUGCAACAAGGGAUUUCAGUGAUACAACGUAGGCUCCAGAAAAAGAAGGUUCUCUUGAUUCUAGAUGAUGUUGACAAGGAGGAGCAAUUGCAGGCAGUUGUUGGAAGAGCUGAUUGGUUUGGUCCUGGCAGCAGAGUCAUAAUCACAACACGAGAUGAACAGCUGUUAGCCUCCCAUAAUGUUCAAACAACUUAUGAGGUGAAGGGAUUAAAUAACGAUGAGGCUCUUCAAUUGCUUAAAUGGAAAGCUUUUAAAAAGCAUUACUUUGAUCCGAGUUAUGAGGAGCUCCUGAAUCAUGUAGUAACUUUUGCUGCUGGCAUUCCAUUAGCAUUGGAAGUAAUAGGUUCCAACUUGUAUGGAAAAAGUGUAGAAGAAUGGAAACCAGUCAUCCAUAAAUUAAAAAAAUGUCCUAAUAAUCCGGUUGAAACAAUACUUAAAGCAAGCUUUGAUUCUUUGGAGGAAAAAGAAAGGAGUGUUUUUCUUGACUUUGCUUGUUGCUUCAAAGGAUAUGAAUUGGCAGAGGUCGAAGAUAUACUUCAAGCUCAGUAUGGUCAGAACAUGAAGUGUUACAUUGACAUAUUGGUUGACAAAUCUCUAGUAAAGCUUAUUCAUGGUACAAAACCUUGUUAUGAUAGAGUUACAUUGCAUGACUUGAUUGAGGACAUGGGUAAAGAUAUUGUCCAACAGGAAUCAUUGUUAGAGCCAGGUCAGCGUAGCAGGUUAUGGUUACUGGAAGAUGUUAGAGAAGUUUUAGAAAACAACAGGGGAACUAACAAAAUUGAAAUCAUAUGUCUGGAUUUCCCCAUAUUUGAUCAAGAAGAAGGAGUAGAAUGGAAUGGAAAGGCCUUCCAGAAUAUGCAGAACCUCAGAACACUUAUUAUUAGAAAUGGUAGUUUUUCGAAAGGUCCAGAAUAUCUACCAGAUAAUUUGAGAGUGCUUGAAUGGUGGAGAUAUCCGUCAAAUAGUUUACCAUCUGAUUUUCAUCCAAAGGAACUUGCCAUAUGCAAGUUACCCUGCAGUAGUAUUUCGACAAUUGAGUUGACAAACUUAUUGAAGAAGUCGGUGAAUCUAAGAGUUUUUAAAUUUUCAAAUGCAAAUGUUUAACCAAGAUACCUGACAUAUCUGGUUUCCAAGUGUGGAGAAACUUUCAUUUGAAUAUUAUCAUGGCUUUGUGCUUCAGGAUGCAACUUGUGUUGAUUAUUUUUUCAAUAGGUUUCACAUGGUAUGUCCAAGAUUUAGACCUAUCGAACAAUAACUUCAAAAUUCUUCGUGAAUACAUCUAUUUUUCAAUUUGUAAGGAUGCUAAAUGUUACUUAUGGUGAGCAUGUUUUGGAAAUUAGAGGGAUUCUGUAGUCCUUAAAACAUUUGUAGGCAAGAGACUGCAAAUCCUUGACUUCGUCAUGUAUAAGCAUGUUCCUGAAUAAGGUUUUGUCCUGUUUUCAA